UAGCGGCCAGCUAGGAAAUAACCGCUGACGGUUCCACGGUUUGGACGACAUAAAGACUGAAAGAGGCGUCCUAGACCCCUGGAAUUUGUCGGGACUGUCAAAGAGUUGUAUCUCCACCCGGUGAAGUCAUGUCGAGGCUCGGCUCUCCAGGAAGCCGAGUGUACGUGGAUGGGACUCCGGGCAAAUGGAGUCUAUGACAGACACUUUUUGCUCUGCGAUCCUUCAGAUCGUUACCAGAAAGUUAACCUUAAAACACAAUUCAAGAUGGGGCUGGUCAAGAACGACAUCCAUGGUGACGAAAUCCAACUAUCAUUCCCAGGAAUGGAGAACCUUAUAUUACCGAAGGAAUUAGACGCUGACUCGACCAAAAAUAUCAUUUGCAGGAACUGGGAGGAAUAUUUCGACGCGGUGGAUUGCGGCGACGCGGCGGCCGAGUGGAUAAACAAAGCACUGGAGACCAAGAGACCACUGCGACUGGUUAAUGUCGGUCAUACCUUAAAAGAACGCUUCCCCGGAUCUUCAAGCGAGCAUGGGGAAGUCAUUGCUGGCAGUAACCAAAAGUUUGCUCCCCAGUUCACCAUCCCAGACCAAAGCACGUUCAAUCUGCUGUCGCAAGCAUCAUUGGACGAAUUGAACAAACGUCUGGAUAAGAAUGUCACCAUUCGCCAUUUUCGGCCGAAUGUUGUGGUGGAAGGAUGUCCGCCGAACGAUGAAGAUUCCUGGGAAGAAAUCUUCAUCAAUAAGGCCUCUCUCUUCCAAUUUGCACUCGCAGAGAGGUGCUUUAUUACUACAAUUGACCCAGACAACCCCGAGAUGGGCCAUUACAAGAAGGAGCCCCUUGCUACUCUCAGGACUUACCGCAAGAGGCCGGGUUAUAGUCGUGGCCCUGUAUUCGGAGUGAGGUUGGGACUCCGUCAUGAAGGAAGUAUCCGAGUUGGAGAUAAAGUCUACGCCAGGAAGAAAGUCUAACAUGACUGGAGCAAGAGUCAAUUUGUUGCUGUCUGAAUCGAAUAUUAUUGUAGAGAAAUUAAAACAGUUGGCCACUUUAGAUUUGGUGUUCAGAAGCCAUAUGAUACUUCGAGACGACUUGCAACAACCAUGGACUUUUUCCUAGCAGACCUUUCAAUAUCUGAAGAAAUGGAAAGUCUUGAUAUGCUGCACUGUGAGCUGUUCGAAAGCAUCACAUCACCUGAAAUGGAGUUCAGUGACGAAUUUAACUUGAAUCAAAGAAAUAUGAAAAAUGGAAUAUUCAUACAUAUUUGUGUU